CGUCAUAUCUCUGAAAGGGCGGUGACUACUGGUGCAUGCAAGCAGAAAUCUUAAUAUGGUGUAUACAAGACUACAUUGAGUGCCUUCAUAUCUGACUGUUUUUAUCGCACUUUUCCGUCAUCCUCGAUAAAAAAGAAGGAAUUUUACAUUCUGAACAGCUUUUUAAAGGCGACGGGCAGUAAAAAUAUGGGGAAUUGCCAUACUGUAGGACCAAACGAAGCCUUGGUGGUAUCAGGUGCCUGCUGUGGCUCUGAUGACAAGACAUAUACAGUGGGCGGCUGGGCCUGGGCAUGGUGGCUUAUCACUGACAUACAGAAACUCUCUCUGGAGAUAAUGACCAUCCUCUGUCGCUGUGAGAAUAUCGAAACUUCGGAGGGUGUCCCCUUGGAUGUGACAGGGGUCGCUCAGGUGAAGGUCAUGACUGACAAAGAGCUGCUGGGUUAUGCCUGUGAACAGUUCCUGGGCAAGACAGUGGCGGAGAUAAAAAGUGUCAUUCUGCAGACGCUGGAAGGUCACCUGCGCUCUAUUCUGGGGACUCUGACGGUGGAGCAGAUCUACCAGGACAGGGAUCAGUUUGCCAGGCUGGUGAGGGAGGUGGCGGCACCUGAUGUGGGCAGGAUGGGUAUUGAGAUCCUAAGCUUUACUAUAAAGGAUGUCUAUGAUAAGGUGGACUAUUUGAGCUCUUUGGGGAAAUCCCAGACUGCUGCUGUUCAGAGAGAUGCUGACAUUGGUGUGGCUGAAGCAGAGAGAGAUGCUGGAAUCAGGGAAGCAGAAUGUAAGAAGGAGAUGAUGGAUGUGAAAUUCCAAGCAGAUACAAGAAUGGCCGACUCAAAGAGAGAGCUGGAGAUGCAGAAGGCUGCCUUCAAUCAAGAAGUGAACACAAAGAAAGCUGAGGCGCAAUUGGCCUAUGAGCUUCAGGCAGCCAAGGAGCAGCAGAAGAUCCGACUGGAGGAGAUUGAGAUUGAGGUGGUUCAGAGGAAAAAGCAAAUCUCCAUUGAGGAAAAGGAGAUCCUCAGGACAGAUAAAGAGCUGAUCGCCACCGUGAGGAGACCAGCUGAGGCUGAAGCCUACAAGAUGGAGCAGCUCGCAGAGGCAAGGAAGAUGAAGAAGGUGUUGACGGCACAGGCUGAAGCGGAGAAGAUCAAGCGUAUUGGAGAAGCAGAGGCCGGUUCCAUUGAGGCUGUGGGUAAAGCUGAAGCAGAGAAGAUGAGGCUCAAAGCUGAGGCCUAUCAGCAUUACGGGGACGCUGCAAAGACCGCCCUCGUCCUGGAGGCUCUGCCAAAGAUUGCUGCAAAGGUGGCAGCACCCUUGAGCCGUACCAAUGAGAUUGUGAUCCUGAGCGGUGACGGUGGCCGCGUCACCGGGGAAGUGAAUCGUCUGUUGGCUGAACUACCUGUUUCUGUCAACGCCCUCACAGGGGUGGAUCUGUCCAAGAUCCCAUUGCUGCAGAAAAUGAUCAGCCCUCAAGCUUGAACACACUUCUUCCACUUUGCUGCCUUUCCAACACUCCCACAUUGAUUGCCUUGAAAAGAAACACUUGAAAGCUGUUUUCUUUUUGUGGAAAUGAGGAAUUGAUUUUUUUUUACCCCUGGUGCCUUACCUCUGCAGGACCAGAUUCUCUGCACGUGCUUGUGUUAUCACUCAUAUCUUUUUUUGUCUGUUUAUUUGGCUUUUUUUUUUUUAACAAUGUACCUCAAAUAUGAUUAUUUUGUUAAUCACAGGACUAUUUCAUAAAAUUCCCUAGUGGGCAGCUGUAGCUCUAUGUGUAAGUAGUGAUUUAGAAAGUAAGGAUGUGUUCCCAUUUUGAUGGGUGGCUAAGAUUGUAAUCACAGAUACAUUUAUGUAGUUUAUGGGGAUAUAUAGAAGUGUUAGAGCAUGUUUAGUGGAUUGAUCAACUGGGCCUUUGAAAUUGUUUGUCAUUGUGAAGACUUUGCUGUUCAGGUCAAAUAGUGAUUGAGAAGGUGUGACUUUUAUUUUAUUUUAUCUAACUAACACAUUUAGACGUUACAUCCAUUUGUAAACAUCUUUUUGUACAGUUCAAACAUGAAGCGCUCUAGUAAUUUAAGAUUUUUUUUAUAGUGGGACAUGAACGACCGUUCUGUCGCUUUUUAAAAUUUUGCUUUUAGGGUUGUCAGUCAGAUCACACAUUCACCAUGUAGUCCUUCAUGUGGAACUACUCCGUGUGAUUCAUAAUCAUUUCUGCAUGGAUAUUCUUUGAGAAUGUUUUGCCUAUUUUUGGAUGUUAAAAAGUGGUCCAAGUGCAUUUUUUUUACUAAAAUGCCAAGCAUAGGCCAAAACAUGCUGAAUCAGCAGGAUUUAGGAAGGUAUCUUUAUUUUUUCAUGGCAGAAAACCACAGAAAAGUUACCUCACUCAAUGUUUAUGCAUAUGAUAAAGCUUUGGUCCUCUUCCAUUAGCUGCAAGCAAGAUAUUAUGAACUUUGUCUUCAGCCAAACUGACAGUGCAGAACUAGUGCACUCUUUUGUCUACUGUUAAAUCUAGAAGUUUGGAGAGCAUCUACCAAAAGUUGAGCAUCUACCAUCUCCAUAGUUUCUUUAUUCUAUGCCUUACAGAGUUUUUUUUUUUCUCCAUAUUGAAUCCAUCUUCAAUUAAAUGAUGCAGCAUGAUUAUGACAUUACUUUCUCUUUUUUAUUUAAUUUUUUAACCACAAUAUUUCAGAUAAUAUCAUAUGCAUUUUUUGUUUCUUAAGUACUAGUUAUCAACAUCCAGAUAAUGUGAGAGCUCUGUCAAAUAUAUGUGAAUUUAACUUUUUUCUAUUAAAAAGUGUUUUAGUGUUUUUUCUUCUGAUUUUCAGCUUGCCAUUCUGUCAUGAGAAUACAAAUCAUUUUGCCAAACAUCAGUAGGUCAAACAGCAUAUCAUCUUUUAUUUUACUUUGCUGCUAAAUCAUAAAUGAUUGGGUAUUUUUCUCAUAGGUAAUCAGAUGCCAAAUAUAAUGAGGUUUUUUUUACAGUACACUGGCAAAAGUAUUUUUUGGAGGGGAAAAAUGUUUGUCAGAAACAACUUCAUUAAAAUUGAUGUUCAAUUUUCAUUCUUCAAAAUGAAGUGUGUUUGUUUAUUUUGAUGUCAAUAUCUGUUUUGACUGGGAAAAAGGGAAUUGUGCUCUGAAAAUGUAGCUAUUCUUUAUAAGAUGUUGCACACAUUUAAACUCAACUUCAGGCUUAAACUUUUCUAUGCUUAAUCCAAUCUAUGAAUGCUGUUGUUUCUGAGCUGAGCGUUUGUUCUAGAGUUUGUACACUAACAAUCACAUAUUGAGAAUGUGCUAUAUAUAUACGAUGCAUAUAGUUAAUGCCUAUAUAUUGUUGACAAAUGAAUAUGUAGUAUACAAUGUAUCUAUUUAGAAAUCUGUCUGAUUAGUCAAUAAAUUUGUCUUGAUUUA